UGCAUGUUCUUUUCUUAUGAUGCUUGCAAGCACAGACGGACUAAAGCAUAGCUACCUAGCGUCGUGACUGUUCGUAUCUUGCUCUGGAGCUGUGCCCGCUUUGCACAAUAUUGUUGUCUGAAGGGGUUACAAUGGUGAACCAGCAAUGAAGUAUUACGAAAACAGAUCCAAUGCCGCAUGCGGUGGUUGUCGGUACCGAUGCGACCGCGUUGCACGUCGGCGGUCAACUUCUGGCAAGUGGCUUUGAUGUCACACUACUCGAGGCCACUCAGGUCAUUGGCGGACAAUGGGUGCGGCGCCUUUUUGCUGAAAAGCAAGAUUCCGCCUUCAACGCCUGGGAGGAUGGCGUGUUCCUGGACUAUCCGCUGCUUGCUCCUCGGCAAGGGAACGCCCAACGCACUAGUUCCUGUGGGGUUGACAACGACUUACCGGCUAGUGCCGUUGCCGACUUGGGCAAUGGCCCGGGUCCGGCACCUCAGCAAAAGCCCCCGCCGUUGCCUCCCCCAAGCGAGGAAGAGCUCUUAGGCCAUUUAACGGGAUACGCACAGGCUACAGGACUCCACACCAGCGUGCGGUUGGGCUGCACGCUUCGCCGGGCCAAAUGGCAGGCCAUGAACGGCUGCUGGCGUCUGGAUGUGAAGCAAGAGCAGGCCUACAGCCGCCACAUGCAGCGAGGCAACCUGAGUGCGGACCUGUUGGUUGUCAGUCGCCUGGCGGUGGCGGCACCGCGACUUCCGCGCGUGCAGGGCCGGGAGCUGUACUGCGGUACGGUUCUAACCGCUAACGACCAACUGUCGGGCUCCGGCGGCGCCACCAUUCUCGAGCAGCAGCUUCGCGGUCGACAUGUGUUGGUGGUUGGGGCAACGGGCUGCGGCGCGGCGGCAGGCUGGGCAGACGCCUGCCGACGUCACGCCGGCGCGGAGGGCAGUGUCGUACUGCUUGAGAUGGACGACCCGGACGCCGCGCCGUCGGCGGCGGCGGCGGGAGGAGCUGGCGGAGGACUACUGGGGGGCCUUUUCGGAAGCUGCUUAGGCCGUACGGCAAGGUCACGGACUGGCGGCGGCGGCGGCAGUGGCGGCAGUGGCCUAGAGCGGUACAGCCCGGCUUUGCCGGCUGUUGUCGGGGAGGAGGUGAUUGCGGAUGCGGCAACGGUCGACAUGGAGCUUGAAGAGGCGGGAGAGCUGCUGGCGGUAGCGGGAGCAAGUACGGCAAGCACGGCUAUGGAGGUGGAGGUGGUGGCGGGAGUGCUGGCUGCCGAUGGCGACGGGAAAGGGGAUCGAUGUACGAAGGCUAGCGGCGUGGGCAGCGUUGGCAGCGGCGGCGACGGAGGUGGGCGUUCGUCGCGGGGUCGCGACGGGCUGCGGCAGGGCCGUGGAGGAGGAGGAGAGAUGCGCUCCGAGGGAGACAGCGGCGGCGGCGGUGUUGGCAGCGGCGGCGGCAAGGGCGGACCCGUGGGUCGGAGCUCCCUCCGCGUCAUGCGGGGUACGGGGGCACUGCUGAACGGCUCGCACGUCACCUUCCCCAGUGGCGAGGAGCUGCCGGCAGAUGUCGUACUUCUCGUUCCUCUGUCCGAUCUAGAGCCCUCCCUGUCCUUCCUAGACUGUGGACCCAAUCUUCGCUCCUCCCAAACCGGCGGUCCGGCUCCCUCCCUGGACGGAGGCAGCUUCCACCGCGGCGUCUCUCUGUCGGCAGCCUCCAUUGGAAUGUCCUGCGCCAUGCAUCCCGACGGUUUGGGUGGCGGUGCGGCAGGUGCGAGACAGGUGGAGGAGCUGUAUCGGGACAUGGUGUCUACCAGUCCAAUGGCGCCUAAUUUGGCAAUCGUGGGCGCGGGGGCGCAUGCAGCGCAGCACGAUGCAUGCACCGCAGCAGCGCAAGCGGCGUGGCUGCUUGAGACCUGGGUGAACAACGGAGAUGGCACUGCAGCCGCGGCAGCACCCGCUGCAGGGGCGGGAGCGGGAGGCGGGGGCGGUGCCUUGGGCGGUGUAGGCAGCAGCAGCAUGAGGCGGCGGCGGGGAUCCAGUGCGGGUGGAACUGGCGGUUGGGAGGGCGGCGGCGUGGGGGUGCCGGAGGCGGGAUACCUGCGCCAGGCGACGCCGGUGGAGGCGGCUGCAGAUGCCGCGCUACGGGCGCGCUGGCGUGCAGAUGCGGUAGCUCGGGGGCAGCCGGAUUUGUACCUGCAGCGAUACCUGGGGCUGCUGCUUUCGGACCUUGGGGCGCAGAUCAAGGACAAGCAGACCCUACCCAGCUGGCUGUGCGGCCGUCGGGUUGCGCGGCCCGCCGCUCAGCUGCUCACGCGGCCACGAGUGGCUCGUCUGCUUGGCGUGAAGCGCCUGCGCCGGCAGCAGCCGCAGCCGCAGCACCCGCAGUCUCCGCUGACGGGAGCCGCCACAUGGCCCACAUCCAUGGACGGCAGCGUUAGCAGAGGCCAGCUGCAGCACCGCCAGCAAUCAUACCGUCAUUCGCACACCACCCCCGCGGCUCUCAGCCACAACGGGCUGCUUCUUAACGACGGCAGUAGUGCCGGAAACAACAACAACAACCACAACGGCGCCAACCACCAGGGUUUUUAUGGCAGCCGCCCGAGCCCUAGCCCCACUGCAAACAUGGGCUUGUUCGGCGGCAGUGUCGGCGGCGGCAGCGUGGGCAGCGUAGCGCCCUCUCGGAUUCCCUCCCUCGGCAACCUCGCAUGUAACCCUUCGCUGACGCCAAACGGCAUGACGCCAGGCGUUGCUCGCCGGUGCUCCUCCUAUGCGGGCGGCGGCACCCCUCCUGUCGGUACACCAGGGGGAGUUGCAGAGCGGGAGCAGCAGCGAAUGCUCUUCCCGCCGCCGCCGUCAGCGCCUAACGGACUGCAGCAGCAGCAGUCUCGGGGUCGGCGUGACGUGCAGGAGGGCAUGUUACGGCGCUCAGAAAGUGUCUCCGCCUACCACCCUGGCGUCGGCCAGCAAAACAACCAGCAUGACGCACAGCAGCAGCUGUACCGCGUUGCAGAACACCCGACGGAGGAACGCUGCGGCGGCGGCAGCGGCGGCGGAGCCGAGCCGCACAAGGCGCAAUCGCAAUCGCAACUGCCGCAGCACAAUUCUGGAACGCUGCUGACGACAUGUCCCUCGAGCCCGAAUGGAAACGCCGCCGCUGCUGCCGCCGGCGGUGCCCCAACAGCCUCUUCGGCAUUCCUUACCAGCGGCGGCACCGGCGGCGGUGGAGCCGUCAGCACACCCACCUCGCCGUCACCCUUCAUGAGCACAGCCUCCGCCGCUGGCACGGGCGCCGGCGCACUAGUGACGGCUCCUGUGGGCGGUCCUGACGACUCGGGCGGUGCACCGCAGCGAUGGCGCUCGCAGAUGCUGAUGCGGCAUCGCUCGACGAGCCGACUGGCGGGCGUGACGGGGCCGACGACGCCGCAGGCGUCGACACUGCAGGGCGCCGGCGGCGCUUCCUCCGGCGCCGCCAGCGCUACUGCGAGUGCCAUUGCGAUGGGCUCGAGUUUCCUGGGCUUGUCAGGCAGUCGCCGACCGCCUGCUGCGUCCACAUCGCAGGUCAACUUGGAUAUCAGCGGCAGCUUCUCCAACGAACUGCGCUCACAAGGCGGCCGGAACUCGUACGGCAAGCGUAUGGGAGGUACCGUCAGCGGGGCGGGCAGCGUCGGCGGCGGCGGCGGCGGCGGUCUGAGCACCGGUGGUGGCAUGGCCAUCGGCGGCGGCGGAGGCGGUUCACCGCUACUUGGCGGAGGUGGCUCGCCCCUUCUGGGUCGUGCUAACAGCGCCGCCAGGCUUCAACUGCUUCUCGCCGCCGCUAGCUCGGCGUCGCGUCGCAGGAAUACGGCACUCGCGGGGUCGCCGUCGCCGUCCGCAGCGCCGUCAUCUCCGGAACCCGGCCGAACCUCUGGCGGCAGUGGGCGCAUGGGCAGCACUGCCGUACCUUCCCUACAUAAGGCGUACGGCAACGCGCUACGGACGCCGCCGGCGCCAGCCGCGGUCUACGGUGCCCGCCAGACGCGCAGUCAUACGAGCAACGCGCCGGCAGAAAACGGUGGCGGCGGCGAUGGCGGGAGGUCAAGCGGCAGCAUUGGAACCUCAGUGACUGCGUUGGCCCGCGCUGCCGCUGCGCCCGGUGCCGAGGGAAGCCGGAGUGAACCUGUGGUAGCCGCGGCGGUGGCGGCGACGGCGGAGACGGAGGCGCCGACGUCGGUGGCGCUUUGGUCGCCUGGGGCGCUGUAUUGCCCUGAUGCAGUGUACGGCAAACUCUCCAGCUUUGCUAGCAGUGGCGGAGACGGCGGUGGAGGUGGUGGAGGUGACAAGGGUGUCGGUGGUGGCCUGGCGGCUAGGCAUUUAGGGCCUGCAGCGGCGGCGGCGGCGGACGAGGUGGCGGCGCGAAUUGCAAGAACGGCCGGCACGACGGGCUCGUCGUACGGCAACGCGAAUGCGGUUGGCAUGAACGAGCAAGAUGAUGGCGACGAAGCCGUUGACGAGUUGCAUGUUAUGAUAGAGGAGGGCGAGUUCCCAUGCACCGAUGGCCCCACAGAAGGAGGGGCAGACGGCCGAGAGGAUGAGGACGCUCUUGCUUUGCAGUCGCCGUUGCUCAGGGGGGAUCCAGGCGGGCAGCAGCUGCCGGCUCGAAAGCAUGCGGCUUACGGCGCUAGGGGUCGUUCCUACACGCUUCCAAACCUUCGAUCGAGUGGGGGGGAUGCCCUGGAGCAGCUUGAAGAGGGUUGCGAGCCCGAGGGGAUUGAGCCUCAGCCGGUGGGAGCCUGCUAGGCUGUCUUAGUCUUACCGCUCUGACCAUUUGUGAGCUUGUGUGUCAAGCACCAUCUUCCUGCACUUCGUGUGUGUUGACAGUGCUGCGUGUCUUGACAGCGGUGUGCUGCAUUGUUCGGGUUGUGAUGGGUAGGGCUCAAGCGGAGGCUGGCUGAGGUAGGGCUGUGGGAGUUGGGCGCUGGGUGGAAUGUGGCAGGGCGCGGUGCAUGGGUUUGGCUGGGGAAUGAUGCGAAGAGGGUGGGAUAGCGCAUGGGAUUAUUGAGCGGCGGGAUGGCGUAGGAGAAUAUUGAAGGAGACGGCGCGGGGCGGGGGUGCUCAGGGUGUGCAUUAGGGUCUGUAGUUAGGAAGCGGAAGUUACACUGUAGUUAGGAAGCGGAAGUUAGGAAGCGGAAGUUACACUGGAGGACAGUAGCUGAGACCAUCGUCAGACGUACAUUCUAAGUUAGGAAGCGGAAGUUACACUGGAGGACAGUAGCUGAGACCAUCGUCAGACGUACAUUCUAACAGCUACCUUGUGUGCGAGCACGGUACGGCAGCACGUAUAUGCAUUUGGCGCGAACAAGCGACGAUUGAACGUUCGGCGACCGCAGCGCAGAAAUGGAAGGCACGGUGUUUUGACGAGGGUGUUCCCAGUGCAAAACGACGGACAAAGGCCAUACCUAUCAAAUGGUGACCGUUGGAUUGGGCUAAUGAAAGGUGGUUAGCCAGCUACCCUGUGUACCCGUAUUUUACAGUUUGGCUAUACAGCUUGGCUAAUCACCACCGUGAUUAU